GAACUAAUAAGAGUGGUGGUGGACUGGAGACUAUAAAUAAAGAGCUCAACUUACACUGAUCAAAAUCUAUUUACCCGAAUUUCCCUCCACACCACAACAUGGACAAUCAAACCCCUACCCCGCCCUCCACCACCGCUACUCCACUCCCUACUCAACCACCACCGUCACAACCACCACCGUCACAACCGCCACCAUCAUCGGCGAUUCCAUCACCGCAACCACCACCACCACAACAAAAACCACCGCCUCCAUCUUAUCAUCAACCCCCAUCCUCAGCUCCUUCACUCCCAUCCUUCCCAACCCCAACCCCAAACCCUACACCCAACCCAAACCCUAAACCUAACCCUAACUCUAUUCAACAGUUAAGACCUUCAAUUUCUACUACUAAUACUACUACUACUACUACUACUACUACUACUACUACUAUGACUCCUCAAGUGAGGGGACAAACACCAGUGCCACAUAGACCGCAGCACCAACACUUUCAGCAUUUUUCUUCUAUCACUUCCGCCUCUCCUCAACCAAGGCCCGUGUCCGCCGGGGGUGUUGCUAUUGGUGUUCCAGCCGCUGCCCCCGCUCCUUUCUCCUCGUCUUUCGGGCAGGUGCGGCCGAUGAGUUCAGGCGGUGUUGGUGCCUCUCAGAUUAGGGGAAGUGGGAUUGGAGGCGUACAACAACAUCAUCAUCUACAGAGACCAAUAACUGUUCAAUCAUCUGUUAGACCACCUGCUAUUACUACUACUUCUCCAAAUAAUCAGUCCCCUGCUGCUUCCCAACAUCUCCAAGGGCAUGGAUUUAUGAGAUCAUCUUCCCUGGGUCCUGGUUCUCCAGCACCAAACACAUCACAAAGUAUGCACUCCCCUAACCAGCCAUGGUUGUCAUCGGGAUCUCAAGGCAAGCCUCCAUUACCCUCUCAUCAAUUCAGAGCCCAGCUAAACUCGCCAUCUGUGCAACACAGGUCUCCUAUUCCUCAACCUCACCACUCGCUUCCAACAAUUUCACACCAACAGCACGUGUCACCUGCACAAACACAGCAGUCCUUAUCGUCCCAUCCACCAUCAGAACAUUUUGGGCAACCAUUUCCAUCCCCAAGGGCUCCACGGUCCAUUACACAACAGCUUGCUCUUCAAAAUUUAGCAAAUCAAAGGCCAACAUCCUUAACAGCAGCUCAUCCAAGCACCACACCCAGUGCUUCACCUAAUGCCUUACCCAGUAUCUCACCCCAUGCCUUACCCAGUGCCUCACCCAAUGCUUUACCAGGCACCUUACCCAAUGCCAUGCAGUCAGGGAUUCAGAAUAGAACAUCAAAUGCAGAAAGUUAUGAAUCUGGUAACCGAAUUCUUAGCAAAAGAAGUAUCCAUGAGCUAGUUACCCAGAUUGAUCCAUUUGAGAAAUUAGAUCCUGAAGUUGAAGACAUUCUUGCGGAUAUAGCUGAUGAAUUUGUGGAAUCUAUCACAACUUUUGGUUGCUCAUUAGCCAAGCACAGAAAAUCUGAUACGUUGGAAGCAAAAGACAUACUUCUACAUCUUGAAAGGAACUGGAAUAUGUCACUUCCAGGAUUCAGCAGUGAUGAGAUCAAGACUUAUCGAAAACCACUUACAAGUGACCUUCACAAGGAACGCCUUGCAAUGGUAAAGAAGUCAAUGUUGGCAUCUGAGAUGGCUGGUGCUAAAAACUCAGUUGGACAAGCUGCUGGAAACACAAAGGGCAAUUUGACAAGGACACCUGCAAAUGUUAUGAUCUCUCCUAAUGUAAAAAUUCAUGAAGUUACAUAAGAUGAUUGGUGUUUGUGCUUGCUGGAUAUGAGCAGCUGUUUGGCUAGAAACCUCUGGCGAAUUUUUGGCGGUGAGGAUGUGAUGUUACCAAGACAUUCUACCUGGGCAUCUGAAAAUAUUGUUUUUCCGUAUAUCGCUACACCAGUGAAAUUUCCGUGAUUAAUCAGAGACGCCCGUUUUUGCGGUGGAAGAGGUUCCCACAGUAAUCUAAUCAGGUUCCGACAUUGCUAGCCUGAGGGAUGCAGGGGAUCUUCACGUUUUGAGAAAUGCUAAUCAUCUCUCAUUCUCAUUGUAAGUUUCUUUUUGGCUUCCGCACUAGCUAACUAUUAACUAGGGCAUUAUUUUGGAAAAAGAAAGGAGGUACAACUCUCUGUGUAACCGGUCAUGUCAUAAGAAUGGAAACAAAUAUUUAUCA